AUGGCGUCGCUCGACGUCGAUGUCGACGCCGUCAUCAGCAAACUCUUGGAAGCACGCGGAAGCCGGCCCGGGAAGCCGGUACAGCUUACUGAGGCUGAGAUUCGUGGCCUCUGCCAUAAAUCUCGGGAAAUUUUCAUAAGUCAGCCUAUUUUACUGGAACUUGAGGCGCCAAUAAAGAUUUGUGGUGACAUUCAUGGCCAGUAUUACGAUCUCUUGCGACUAUUCGAGUAUGGCGGCUUCCCUCCGGAGGCAAAUUACCUCUUUUUGGGAGACUACGUUGACAGGGGCAAGCAGAGUCUAGAAACCAUCUGUCUACUUCUAGCGUACAAGAUCAAGUACCCCGAAAACUUCUUCCUGCUGCGAGGCAAUCACGAGUGUGCAUCCAUCAACAGGAUCUACGGCUUCUAUGAUGAAUGCAAGAGGCGGUAUAACAUUAAGCUCUGGAAGACUUUCACAGAUUGCUUCAACUGCCUUCCAGUCGCAGCAAUAAUAGACGAGAAAAUCUUCUGUAUGCAUGGUGGACUAUCGCCGGAGCUUAACAGCAUGGAUCAGAUAAGGAGGAUUGUCAGGCCUACCGACGUUCCCGAUGCAGGUCUUCUUUGUGACUUACUUUGGAGUGACCCCGAGAAGGAGAUUUCUGGAUGGGGUGAAAAUGAUCGAGGCGUCUCGUUCACGUUUGGUCAGGAUGUCGUUCACAAUUUUCUCCGGAAGCAUGAUCUGGACCUCAUAUGUCGGGCUCACCAGGUCGUUGAAGACGGCUACGAGUUCUUCGCGAAGCGCCAGUUGGUCACGUUGUUCAGCGCCCCAAAUUACUGUGGCGAGUUUGACAAUGCAGGCGCUAUGAUGAGCGUCGACGAGACACUCAUGUGUUCCUUCCAGAUUCUGAAGCCGGUCGAGAAGAAGAAAGGCAUGGCGAAGUAG